UUUUGGUUUCGGUUUCUCCGGUUAGACUCACUAUCCGGUGAAAAUGGGCAGAAGCAAGAAGCAGGUGCGUGAAUUCGUGGCCGCCAAGGAAGCAGCCGAAGCCACAAAUUCCCGUCUGGACAGCUGCAACGAUGCCUACACGAGCGGCGCCUUCAAGUAUUUGAGAUUUCUGGUCCAUCUCCUGGCAGCCGCCCAGUUUUCGUAUGGCAUAUACUACCACUACUUCCGAGUGCACUGGCCCACGGAUUUGCUCGACGAAGAGGAGCUGAAGGCACGCUGGGGAGGCAAGUUCAAGUAUCUCACCUUCCUGGACGUGAUUCUGCAGGCCAUUUACCACUCACUGGCCCUCCUCAACGAUCUCUUCGGCGACAACAGGGUCACUGGGAACGCAAAGUCCAGGUUGAGACUGGCCAGGGAUUACGUCUUUGCGGCCUUUGCCUUCCCAGUCGCCCACAACGUGUGCCUCUCGUUCUGGGCCAUUUACAUGUGGGACCGUGAGCUCAUCUUUCCCACUGCGCUCGAUGCGAUUUUUCCCAGCUGGCUGAACCACGUGGUGCACACGAAUGUGGCACUCUUGGCCAUCAUGGAUCUGUUCACAUGCUUCCGCCGGUACCCGAGUCGAUUGGCCGGAAUCGCGGGCAACGUCUCGUUCAUCCUGCUCUACAUCAUCUGGCUGCACAUUGUGCGGUACUUCAGUGGAGAGUGGGUAUAUCCCAUUCUGGAGGUGCUGCCCUUUUACCUGCGCUACCUGUUCCUGGCCCUGCUGGUGGGAUUUAAUCUGGUGUGCUAUCUGCUCGGCGAGUUUGCCAAUAACGUCGUCUGGGGACCAGAGUUCAAGCUGCUCAAGCAACAGAAGGUCAAACAGGGCUAGUCUCGAGGAUUUUAAAUCGGUUUAUUAGGUUACACAAGACUAAUACUAAGAGACAUUUUGUAAAAUUGUAGGCACUUUUCGAGGUACGAUUUGUUUGCCCAAAGAGAGCUAUUUGUAUCGUACUUUAAUGUAUAAUCUAGGGUCUAUUUUAAGGCUCAGUACUCACGGCAAAGAAAAUUGAUCAGGAAAAUAUUUCCUGAUUUCUUUUAUUUUGGCGUGAGCACUUAAAAACAGUCAUUUACAACCGUACACAGACAUUCGAAUGCGCUUACUAGCUAGAUGGGAAGAUGAGUUUGUAAAAUAACGCUUGCAGCUUAAUGUCUAAGAGAAUUCGUAAUUCGUAGUUGUAGUUUCGUUUUUCUGCUCAAUAAAACCGUUAAGAAGAAACUAUAA